GCUGGAUUCGUCAGCUUUUGACCAAAAUCAACCAGUGAAAUUAGGGAAUAAGAACUUAAUGUAGGACUUGUGGUUUAAAAUGUCCUUGUUUAAGUUAUGAGUGUAGCUUUAUGUCUUAACCGUCUAGUUGUGGAGUGAAACUUCUUUUUGUGCAAAACUUUGGGCGGUAUGGGACGUCAACGCAAGUGUGUAGUUCAGGGCUGCCAUAGAGACAAAGAGAUUGCUAUAAAAACUUUCUGUAUACCAAAAAUUCGAAAAAGCGACGAAGCAAUUACUACUCGGAGGCAAAAUUUAUGGUUAAGGCGUCUAAAACUGUCUAGUAAGAAUCAAUCAAUUCACGACAUGAGGGUGUGUGAAGCUCACUUCCUAUCAGGAAAGCCAUCAUAUUACUUGGAUGAAAAAAACCCUGACUGGGCACCGUCGCAAAAUAUGGGUUCUAUCAAUUUUGUUUCCAAGUGUGCAUAUGAGCGUUACAAGAGAAGAAAGAAAAUUGAGACAAUGAGAGCUGAAACAACAGAGUGGUUGCUAAAAGGGAAGGUCAUCCGUCAGAUUAAUCACCAACCCUUAGCUGUCUCUAGUUCCAGCACACAUGCUUCUUUGCAUAAAAAUGCAUUUUCAUCAAAAGUAUUAGAAGUUGUGAAAAAGAAGAUUACCCAUCAGAUGCCUGGAGGGGUUAAAAAACAAGAGAAGUUGCCAGGAAUCUGCAAGGAUGACCAGUUGGAUAUCUCUUGGACACAUACGCCACCAAUAGAAAAUUUUUCUGAAGUCUGUGUUGGCGAAAUUGUCAUACUUGGGGAAACUCAUCCUUCCAGUGUGGCUCAGUCAUUAAAGCCAACAAAUGACAAAGAACAAGGAGCACCAGGGAAAAGUGUUGAAAAUGAAAAAAAUGGUGGGAGCCCAGAACAGAUGGUGAGGAAUAAACGAAUCUUUUUUAUCUCAAGUAACACUACACAUGAUCACGACUAUUGCGCCAAAUCAAUUUGUAUAAGUGAUUCUCCACAAAGUGCCCUGGACCAUAGAAGUUCUCCUAUUGAUCACGAUUACUGUCGGAUGCUUUUACCCUAUGGCACACCCGCUGCUGCUGAAAACGAUUCAAACUCGCCUCAUAUUCCAUCUCAGACAAACACGUCCAAUAAAAGUUCUCAGGAAGGGACUGAUGUUUUCGAAGAUAAAAUAGUUGGUAUAAAAAGCGGUUUAGAAUCCCAUUCGACGAUCGACAUUUUCUGUGAAUUCAUUCUCCCCGAUAUCGCGAUAGACGAUAAUGAUUCUAUUUGCAAUCGCUGCUCGGAAGACGUAUCCCAUCUUCAGUUAGUACUCGAACAAAAAUCUACCAUUUUGGAGGAUCGUUUGAAGGAUUUGGAUUCUGUGAAACAAGAGCUCGAACGGGCAAAAGAACACAUAAAUAACCUGAGAGCACAAUUGGAAGAGAAUACUAAUACUUUAUGCUCAUACUUUUCAGUAGAUGGAAAACCCUCGUGAAACAUCUCAUAAGAAUUUCUCAACGAUUCUGUAAAUACCAGGAUCGAUUUUGUCGAGAUCUCUUAGUGUGUGUGUGAAACUGCCCCGAAAAAUUUUGUUUUCUUCACUAUUGCUGUUACAAUACCUUUUUACCUUUUCAGUUUAAUGGCUGUUCCUUUCCCCUUUCUUUAUUUUACCUUUCACAAUAAGGUACUAUUGAAAGGGGACUAGCAUUAGUUUGUUUUUAUGUUAAUUAAUAAAUAUUUGGUUAACGGCA